AUGACUAGGGCAGGGCCACCACCCCUAUAUAAGGCGGGCAGCGCUGGUUGCCUGAGUCGCACAGGUGGCAGCAGCAAGCCUGCCAGGCGCCCAGCAGCGGGACCGAGCAGCAGCGACCUCUCUCCCAGAGCCAGAACCAUGCUUGAACCCAGGCUGCUGCUGCUGCUGCUGCCCUGUGGGGCAGCCCUGCUGGUGGCUGACUCCCCGGCUGGAAAUGACACAGGCCCCAGUGCCCAAGGCAGCCCACAGUCCUCCCCAGACAAGGGCUGGUGCUCCACGUGGGGCGCCAGCCACUUCUCCACCUUCGACCACCGUGCCUAUGACUUCUCGGGGACCUGCAACUACAUCUUCGCAGCCAUCUGCAAGGAUGCAGUGCCCGCCUUCAGUGUGCAGCUGCGGCGAGGGCCAGACGGGAACAUCUCCCGGGUCAUCGUGGAGCUGGGGGCCUCUGCCGUCACCGUGGACAAUGGGACCAUCUCCGUCAAGGAUGUGGGGGUAGUCAGCCUGCCCUACACCAGCAACGGGCUUCAGAUCACACCCUAUGGCCAGAGCGUGCGGCUGGCGGCCAAGCAGCUAGAGCUGGAGUUGGUGGUGCUGUGGGGCCCAGACCCCCACCUCUUGGUGAGGAUAGUGGGCAGGGCAGACGUGGGGGGCACGCAAGCAGGGGCCCACCUGCUGAGCCCUCACUGGCAGCACCCUGGGUCCUGGAGGCAGCGCAGGGCGGGUGGGCCGCCUGGCCGGGAGUGGGCAGCGCCCCCCAGCAGUGUCCAUCACCCACCACAGGUCCUGGUGGAGAGGAAGUACAUGGGCCAGAUGUGCGGGCUGUGUGGGGACUUCGACGGGAACAUGGACAACGACUUUAUUAGCGAGGAUGGCAAACUCCUGGAACCCCACAAGUUCGCUGCACUCCAGAAGCUCGAUGACCCCAAUGAGAUCUGUGCCUAUGAGCCCAUCCCCAGCACCCCCACCCUGCAUGCCAAGGACGCCGGGACCUGCACCCAACUGCUCGCCCUGGUGUCCCCCGGGUGUGAUGUGCCCAAGGAGCCACUGGUGCACAGCUGCCAGGCGGAUAUGGCGGCAUGCAGCUUGCCUGGGCAGCCCAACUGCAGCUGUGCCACGCUGUCAGAGUUUUCACGCCGCUGCAGCCUGGCGGGCCAGCCCGUGAGCCACUGGCGGGGUCCCGGCCUCUGCUCACUGGGCCCAUGCCCCGCCAGCCAGGAGUACCAGGAGUGUGGCGCAGCCUGCACCCGGACCUGUUCCAACCCUCGGCACAGCUGCCCCAGCUCCUGCACCUUUGGUUGCUUCUGUCCAGAGGGCAUGGUACUGGACGACCUCUCCACAAACCACACGUGUGUGCCGCUCAGCCAGUGCCCCUGCAUGCUCAAUGGGGUGGUCUACAGCCCCGGUGAGGUCACAGCAGCUGCCUGCCGGACCUGCCAGUGCACCACAGGCAGCUGGACGUGUACGGAGAAGCCGUGCCCCGGGACCUGCUCCCUGGAAGGUGGCUCCUUCGUCACCACGUUUGACACCAGGCCCUACCGCUUCCACGGCACCUGCACCUACAUCCUCCUCCAGAGCCCACAGCUCCCCGAUGAGGGGACUCUCAUGGCGGUGUACGACAAGUCAGGCUACUCACACUCGGAGACCUCCCUGACUGCUAUCAUCUACCUGUCCCGGAAGGACAAAAUCGUGAUCUCGGAGGAUGAGGUGAUCACCAACCAAGGAGACACCAAGUGGCUGCCGUACAAGACACGCAACAUCACCAUCUUCAGGCAGACGUCCACCCACCUCCAGAUGGCCACCACCUUCGGGCUGGAGCUCGUAGUCCAGCUGCGCCCCGUCUUCCAGGUGUACAUCACUGUUGGGCCCCAGUUCCAAGGCCAAACCAGAGGGCUCUGUGGCAACUUCAACGGAGACACCACUGAUGACUUCAUGACCAGCAUGGGCAUUGACGAGGGCACCGCCACUCUCUUCGUGGACUCCUGGCGGGCAGGGAACUGCCCAGCUGCCCUAGAGCGUGAGACCGACCCUUGCUCCAUGAGCCAGCUCAACAAGGUGUGCGCAGAGACCCACUGCUCAGAGCUGGUGAGGAAGGGCGGUGCGUUUGAGAAGUGCCACGCCACCGUGAACCCCACACCCUUCUACAAGAGGUGCGUGUACCAGGCCUGCAACUACGAGGAGACCUUUCCCCACAUCUGUGCAGCCCUGGGCACCUAUGCGCAGGCUUGCGCCUCCCGGGGCAUGCCGCUCCAGGACUGGAGGAGCAGCGUGGACAACUGCACCGUCCCCUGCACCGGCAACCGCACGUUCAGCUAUGACAGUCGGGCCUGCGGCCGCACAUGCCUCUCACUCUCUGACCCUGAGGCUGAGUGCCAUGCCAGCACCAUGCCCGUGGACGGCUGCAACUGCCCUGAGGGCACCUACCUGGACCACAAGGGCGAGUGCGUGCGCAAGGCCCAGUGCCCUUGCUUGCUGGAGAGCUCCAAGUUCCUCCCAGCGGACCAGUCUACCAUGAUUAACGGAGUCAUCUGCUACUGUGUCAACGGGCGGCUUAGCUGCUCUGGGCAGCCACAGAUGUUCCUGGCUUCCUGCCCGGCCCCCAAGACGUUCCAGUCCUGCGACCAGUCCGCGGAGGACAAGUUCGGGGCCGCGUGCGCGCCCACCUGUCAGAUGCUGGCCACGGGCACCGCCUGUGUGCCCACCAAGUGCGAGGCUGGCUGCGCCUGUCCAAAGGGGCUCUACGAGAACCCCAGUGGGGAGUGUGUGCCCCCGGAGCAGUGUCCCUGUGACUUCGCGGGGGUCUCCUACCCCGGGGGUGCAGAGCUCCACACUGACUGUAAGACCUGCACCUGCUCGCAGGGGCGCUGGGCCUGCCAGCAGAGCACCCACUGCCCAUCCACCUGUGUGCUCUACGGGGAGGGCCAUGUGGUCACCUUUGACGGGCAGCGCUUCGUGUUUGAUGGCAACUGCGAGUACACCCUGGCCACGGACGACUGUGGCACCAACAGUUCACAGCCCACCUUCAAGGUCCUGACGGAAAAUGUGAUCUGCGGGAAGUCGGGGGUCACCUGCUCCCGUGCCAUCGAGACUGUCCUGGGCGGCCUGUCCAUCACGAUGGCGGACGGCAGCUACGUAGUGCGUGGCGAGGACCCCGGCGUGCACUUCCAGGUGCAGCCCAGCGCCCUGAGCCUGGUACUGGAUGCAGACAUCCCCGGCAGGCUCAAUCUGACACUCGUCUGGAACAAGCACAUGAGCGUCUCCAUCAAGGUCCACCGCUCCUCCCAGGACACUCUCUGUGGCUUGUGCGGCAACGCCAACGGGAACAUGAAGGACGACUUCGAGACGCGCAGCAGGUACGUGGCAUCCAGUGAACUGGAGUUCGUGAACUCCUGGAAGGAGAGCCCACUAUGCGGGGACACACGCGCCGCAGUCGAGCCCUGCAGCCUCAACGCCUUCCGCCGCUCCUGGGCUGAGCGCAAGUGCAGCAUCAUCAACGGCCAGACCUUCGCCGCCUGCCACAGCAAGGUGUACCACCUGCCCUACUACGAGGCCUGCGUGCGCGACACGUGUGGGUGCGACACGGGCGGAGACUGUGAGUGUCUGUGCGACGCAGUGGCUGCCUACGCCAUGGCCUGCCUGGACAAGGGCGUGUGCGUGGACUGGAGGGCCCCAGACUUCUGCCCCAUCUACUGUGACUUCUACAACACCCACCCGCACGCUGGCAGCCAGGACCAGCCCACACAGGACGACUGCCUGUGGCACUACCGGCCCUGCCUCUGCCCCGGCAGCCUGCAGGACUUUGAGGGUACCAACAUCGAAGGCUGUUACAACUGCUCCCAGGACGAGUACUUUGACCAGAGCCAGGGGACCUGCGUGCCUUGCGCCCCGCCCCCGACAUCACCGCCACUGCUACCCACCACAGGCACCCAGACACCAGGCCACCCAGCCACAGUCUCCACGGAGAGAUGGACGGCCUCGGCCUUGGCCACCACUGAGUCCUCAGGAGGUAACACAGGGCAUAGGGUGGAUUCUGCUGGUGCCCAGGGUCUGUGUGAUGCAGCAUUGGGUGAAAACAGCUCUCAUGAUCCCACAGAAACAAGUGCCCACCAGGAAACAGCACACACUCUGCCAGCUCCACAAACACAGACAACAGGACAAGCAAUCUCGGGAGAAACUACACUGGACACAGAGACAGCCACCCAGACCAGUGGCCACUCAACAGCAUCAACAACACAAGCCAUGGAAGUCACAUCCAGAACGCUGCACACCCAUGCACCCAGUCACUCCACGCCCAAGCAGUCCCUCUCCCAAACGCCACACACAAGGCCCACUGCCUCAGGAACACCCCUCAAGACCAACAGCCACUCUCCAACGACACCCAGGCCCGAAACCCCACUUCCCACUGAGUCUCCCUCAGUCAGCAGCUCCUCCAUGACACCCACCUCUCAGAGUGCUACCACCAGUCCACAUGUAGUCUCUUCCCCGUCCACCAAGCGACCAACUGGUACAACCCAGCCAACCACCAUGGUUACUGGGGUAAAACCCACCAACGCACCGCUAACCACAACUUCCAGGACCAUAUCCAAACCUCACGUAUCACUCAGCACAGCCAGGACAUCGUCGGUCCUAUUCACAGAACCCUCCUCCACACACCACCCACAAUCCACAUCUCCCCUUGAAACCACCAUCAGCUCCUACCCCACUAGCACAGGGAGCACCUCCACAGGUACCCAUAGCACACCUGCCACACGCAGUACGCCUCACACCCCAUUCGCCACACACUCCCCUCCCAUGCUCUCUGUCUCACACACGCCACACACCACAAGUACUGCCUCAGGAACAUCCCUCAUGACCACCAGCCACUCUCCAACCACAUCCAGAACCCAGACCUCCUUUCCCAUUCAGUCUGCCACAUUCACAACAGCCUCCUCUCACACCACACCAACAAGUCUACACACAGUCUCUUCUGCUUCCACCAUGACACCAACUGCUACCACCCAGCCAGCCACCAUGGUGACACGAACCACAUACACUCCACCAACACCAACCACCACCACCCGUUCCACCACCCAGGCACACUUGUCAUUCAGUACAGCCAGGACCUCUCCUAUCCACAUCACACAACCUUCCUCCACACACCAACACCAACCCACGUCACCCCAUGCUACCUCCAUGACCGACUACACCUCUAGCACAGGGAUCCCCACCACAAUGGCCCUCACCACGUCCACCACACUCAGCAGUGCCCAAACCCCAUUCUCCACACACUUCCUUCCAACGCUCUCUGUCGUCCACAGUCCACACCCCACAGGGCCCACCGCAGCUACAUCCCUCGAGACCACCACCAACUUCCCAACCACAUCAGGGCCCCAAACCCCACCUAGUAAGUCUCCCUCUGUGACCAUGCCCUUGCUCUCACCAACCUCUCCGACACCCAGCAUCCCAACCAGUCCAUCCAUGGCCUCUUCUGCCACCCCUGCUCAUAGUCCUCCAACCGUGUCUAUCAGCAGCAGUGGCAGUUCGCAGCUGACCACAACCACCGCAGCCACCACCGCCACACACACUUUCUCCCCUAUUGACAGUCUCACCUCUCCUGUGCCCCUCAGCUCCAGCCUCCGCCCAUUCCCUCCAUCUCUCGGAACCCCUCUGUCUCCACACCCCAGCCUUACAACCACUUCUCUUUCUCCCACUACUUCUGCACAUUCCUCUAUCUUUCCCCUGGACACUCCACCUACCUCCCACACUCCUCUCUCGUCCUCCGCCUUCACUCCCUCACCCUCUGUGGGGAGUGUUUCCCAGCCCCCUCUCACCCCCAGCAUGGUCCCUCCUAAGCCGUUUCCUACAGGCCCCACAUCAUCCUUUCCCUCUCUUUCUCCCCUUUCCUCUCCCCUGCCCCCCUCCAUCCUGCCAUCUGUCACCUUACCGGCCCUCUCUUCCCUGUCCACCACAUCCACUGUGCACCUGUCCCCGCCCCUGGCCUCCAGCACAGACUCUCCAUCCACAUCCAGGACCACGUCCCAGGUCCCCCCGCCUUCCACGCUCUCCUCUCAGGCCACCACAUUGCAGGUUACCACUCUUACCACCGCGGCCCCUGUGUCAGGCCUGGUGUCCUCAACUUUGGGAACGAUAUCCUCCCCGCACUCUCCACCCACCAACCUCACCACUAGGCACCCUGGGACCACUCUGCUGCCCACAUCCACAUUUACGUCCAGCUCGGUUGCUUCCCACACCUCACCCACCACCCUGGAGGUGCUGUCCACUGUGAGCCCCUGGAUAUCCCCUCUGGUGACCUCUUCCACUGGCUCUGCAGAGCCCUGCAGGGUGCAUGAGCGCGAACAGUUGGUCACUCACCAGGGCUGCACCGCUAACGUGACCCUGACCCUCUGCGAGGGCGUCUGCACCUCCUCCACCAGCUUCAAUACCACCACCCAGCAGCUGGACGUCCACUGCGGCUGCUGCCGGCCUCUCAGCUCCUACACGCAGGAGCUCCUGCUGCCCUGCCAGGACCCCAGUGCGCCCAGCCAGCUGCUCACGUUCACCGUGCAAGUGGUCCACAGCUGUGUGUGCAGGCGCCAGCGCUGUGGAGAAUAGAGGGGCAGGGUCAAAGGUCAAGGGACACACCUCUCUGGUCCCAAUCCUAGUCCCAGGCAAGGCCUCAAGAUCCAGAGCAGAGGGCAGGAAAGGAAGACAGGGCUGAUCAGGUGGUGUUUACACCGGUGCAGGGUGAGCACCACAUGCAGCAAAGAGCACAAGGCGACAGGAGGUGGGAGAUGCCCUCCAUGCCCACAGGACCUGCGCCUUCCAAGGAAGCCACUGCCGCCAACAAGCAGAUUCCAAAUAAACUGGUUCUUCUGAGGCAGCGGUCUAUGGGCACUACUGUCACCGCCCCCUGGGAGUGGUGGGCUGUGUGGGACAGGAGGCUGCCUCCAGCCUCGGGGCCUUCCCCACCAUCUGUGCUAACUCGGGCCCAGCUGAGUGCACCAGGGCCAGAGGCCUCCAGAGGGCAGUGCGGCCAGGGAGUCACAGCCCAGCACAAACUGCAGCCGGCAGCCUGGAAGACACUGGGAAGUCUGGCCAGGCUCCCCGCGCCACGGGUCAGCCUGGGAGACUUUGGCCAGCCCAGCCACACCCAGUCAGGCCACAGGACAUCAGGCCGGGCCCAGAGUCAGGCUGGAGACACCAGUCAGGCCUGGGGACAUCAGGGAGGCCCAGCCUCACCCAGUCAGGCCAGGGGACCUCACUUCGAAAGGGGGCCCCAGGUAGCCCCCAUGUGACCUGAGACCUCAGCGCACCACAGGAACAGCACACUCACCUGAUUGGAAAGGAGCCAUGCCCGCUGCACCCUCCAGAGCCCCUUUGGUCAGGAGUCUAGUCAUACUGGUGGAGCAAAGGCACAUCACUUCCUGAGGUCCCCACACCCACACCUCCUGGCAGCCACUGUGUGGCAGGACAGGCCUGGUGGGCGGCACUGCACAUCACCUGCCAGGUGGAGGGCCCUCAGAAUGCUCCCCCCAAAGACCACACACACACUCUGGGCUCUGCUCUAGUGUUUAUUUUCUUCUGAAGAGAAGGAUACUGCAGGAUGGCACCCUGCAUGUGCAGAGGGCAGGGCUGGGCCCUGGUAGCAGCCCCUUCAGGCCAGGGGACUUUCCGAUCGGAGAUCAGCAGGGACACCUGGAGGCGUGAGCCACGGCCACACAGGCACAGGCAGGAUACAGGCCACCUGCUGGUCAGACCCCAGGCUCCAGCAGACACGGCCAGGAUCAGAGAUGGAACGGUCUAAAGCCAACUGCACAGGAUCCCCAGCAUGGGACUGUGGGAACCUUGAGGGCUGGCACAAGGACGAGGCAGGGCCGCCUGGGUGGAUGGCUACACUUGUGCCUCGAGAACCAGGGCUAACUGUGUGGGACAAAGCUGCCCAGCCUCGCCAGCGUGGAGCCUGGGCCUGGGCAUACCUCGGGUCAGAGUACAGGCCCAGUAGUGGCUCCUGAGGCCACUCCACCCUGGCCUGUGGGCCUGCUACACACAAGGAUGACUGUGAGGCCAUGGUAGAUUCCAGCGCAAACUCAGUGAGCCCACCAGGGCUGCCACCUCACCUGGCCUUGUCACUUCCUGCCCAGACUCAGGUUUCCUUCCUCCGCAUUCAAGCUGCAGCUGCAUAGGUGCAGGUCUGCAGCACUCAGGCCUGUGACUGGCACUAGGGGACACCACACUGACAGGAAAGGGCCACCAGCAGGGAGGCACGAGCACCACUCGGGACAUCGCCACAACUGUGUGACCUGAGGCCUCAGUGCACCGUGGGAACAGCACAUCUGCUUAACCAGAAGGGAGCUGGGCCCAUGCCUUCCAGAGCCGCCUGGAGCUCCACCCUCCAAAA